CGAUCAGCUAUAAGAACCUCAUCAAGAAGGGUUAUACACAUAUUUUCUAUGCUUGUCACCCGGAUCUUCAGUGGGUUCUACACGACCACGAGCGCGAAUACGGUCCCGCUACAUCUUCUGCAAACUAUUCUUCCACCAUGUAAUGCGCCAAGUCCUCGUCAGUCCUUGAGUUAGAACGUGUCUCAAACCCACAGUCUCGUAAGUCAGAGGUGAUCGAAGGUUGAUCGUGCUAGAAACGCUCCGUAGGUUGGGGCAGCAGUAACACGGAUUAAUCAUUGGUUAGAUCGCUUGAUGCAUUUUGCUGUAGCCUCAAGUGCCUCAGGUAGCUUCUAUAAAACUCCGUUGUCACUCUCGUCCUUGCGCUGCUUUUGCUUUUGCUUCCGACCCGUGGCAAGACUGUGCUGGCUGAGAUCAACAUGUGCAGCUAUAUUCAGCGUACAAUUGGCGUCCUUGAAUUCAUGAAAGCACGGAGUACCGGGGUCGGGUCGAGGGAUCUUCACAGGCUCUUAAGAUCUCGUUGUAAGAUUACUCUCAAGGGAAUCGUGAUACUGUAGCCGCAAAGAAUGUUCAUGGAUGUACACGCCGAAAUGGUAUUAUUGACAAAAUGUGUGUUUGUCGGCGUUACUGUGGAGAGAAUGCAAGGGUUGUGGCACGACUGCAUGACAUGUAGUCGUGCAACUAGAAGUUUGUAUGCAAGGUCUGUGAUCCUCGCUGCUG